AGUUUCAAUGAGUCUUUCUGGUUACUCCGUUUUGCCCGCGAUAAGUGUAGUUUGUGGGCCUAUCUGCAAUGCCCUGGUGCGACGGGGAUACGGUCAUCUCUCGGGUAGCAGACGUGAACAUGCAGACAGAGGAAGAGAAGGUGACAAUUAUUCGCUUGCAUGAUGUCGGCACGGAUAAUAUUGCAACCGAUAAAAAUAUCCAUGGCAACCCGACUGGACGUCUAAAAACAUACGUUAAACACCUCACAAUGGCUGACACAGUCCCUCCUCUGACCACACAUGUCCUGGACACAUCCAACGGCUUGCCUGCAGCUAAUGUGGCCAUGGUUCUCUACAUUCAGAAUGCUCAGAAUGGAUUUGACCUUGUGGAGAAAGGAAAAACGAACAAUGAUGGUAGAGGUGGGUUUCUAAGGGGAAGUAAGUGGCAGCCUGGUGUUUAUAAACUGCACUUCGAUACAGAUGGCUACUUUAGGAAUCAAAACACUUCAGGAUUUUACCCAUAUGUUGAGGUUGUGUUUCGAAUUGUGGACCCUUCCCAACACUAUCACGUUCCUCUGUUGUUGAGUCCCUUUGGCUACAGCACUUACAGGGGGAGUUGAUUCCUGUAACCCACCACUGUUGUCUAUCCUGGAACAGCCCUGGGACGUUUCCGUUAAGAUCUUAGUAAUAACUUAUAAUAUUCAUAAAUGAUGUGCCUCUCUCACUUAUAAUGUAUUUCGGUGAUAAUGAUAUGGUCGCUUAACGGAAAGUAAUAAUUCUGCUUUUUUUGUUUUGUUAUUAAACAGAGAUCUGUAGUUCAGAAAUGUAAGUCUUGUCCAUUUAAAAAUGCCAAAUCAUGCGAUGACAGACUUUAAUAAAACAACGAAAUCUGUGAGCAAGUCCCGUAAAUGAUAGUCUUACAUAGGAUUUAGUAUAUAUCCUAUGUUGUAUAUGUUAUAAAGAAGCGUUAUAUAUAAGCAGACGUCAUGGCACAGAAGAAAUUUUAAAAAGCAGCAACAAUCAGUUAGGACAGUGUAACAAUAGCCCUUGACUCUCGUUGUUCAUUGAAUAUAAGCAUUAGUAAUUGUUUAUUUGCUGUUUACACUUUGUAAGUAACCAGUGAAUUGCAUUUUGAAACUAUCUGUGAUUUUAGUAUUUUGUACAAUUAUACCAUAUUUGUUAUGUUAAUGGAAUCGUUUUGGAUCAUAUUAAAAGUUAAUCAGGAAACUCA